GAUCAGCUUAUUUUCCUCGACGAAUCAGCCGUCGAUGAGCGCAGCGCUCACCGCAAAUUUGGCUAUGCUCCCGCUGGAAACCGUGCCAUUGAAGACUGCACUCUCAUUCACUCCAAGCGCUGGAGUGUAUUGCCGGCACUCACCUCGACAGGUCUCCCUGCUUUGUGGAUCUUUCAGGGGUCUUUCAAUGCUGACUGCUUUGUCGAAUUCGUCAAAGAGGAACUCCUACCAAUCGUAGGGCCUUACCCUGGUCCCAACAGCAUUGUUGUACUCGACAAUUGUCGUAUUCAUCACGAUCCAAGGGUUGCUGAACUGCUAGUCGAAAGA